UGGAAAAUGUUCUAAAGUGCCAGCGCGCAGUGAACUGUGACUCAGUGCACCAAUAGUUUGUAUUGUAGUUAUACAAUUUACGAAAAACAUUCAACUACAUAAAUGGUUGUUGUUCGAUCCACAGUCGGCUAUCGUGCUCUGUUUGUGAUGUGAUAAGAUAAUAAGCUUCUUCUCCGUAAUGAGCCGAUUGUCUCGUUCGGGCUCAACCAAUCACCAUCUGUUUGUGUGCUAAAGAAGACAGUUUAAAUUUAUUGUUUAAUAGUGAAGUGUUCCAUUUUUUGCGAUUCAUACCCACCAUGAAUGCAAUGAAAACGAAAAUUCUUCAAAAAUUAACCGCCCAUGCAAGUGAUGUCACGUCUCUCGAUUUCUAUGGUAAUGCACUGCUGGUGACAGGGUCAAGUGACAAAACGGUGCGUGUGUGGCGCUGGGCAGCAGGCAGCGGAUUCCGGGAGGAUGCCUUUUCACCUCUGCUAGGACACCGAUACGGGGUGACGAGUGUACGCGUUUCGCCGAAGGGAGCGGUCCUAGCGUCUGCUUCCGUCGAUGGCACAGUCAUCCUGUGGAACCUAAGUAAUGGUGAAAUAACCAACGUCAUCAACCAGCAAGGUGGGGAAGCCAUUCGUGCCUGUAUCUUUAGUCCUAACGGGGCCACGAUUGUGAGUUCGGACGACAAUGGUGCCAUCUGUAUAUGGAGACAGAAUAAAACUCUAAAGUGUCAUGUGAAAGUUCACGAUGAAGCCGUUCAUACGAUAGCCUUUUCCAGCGAUUCGGAUAUUUUGCUAACAGCGUGUACUCUCGGCAAUAUGAGACUGUAUGCGGUAGAAAAUGAUUUUGCAAACGAUCUUUCAUGUGCGGACUGUUCGAUCGAUGCUGCACAUGACAUGGGUGUAUUGUCGGCGGAUUUUUGUAAAAUAGUUCACACUGAUCCUACCGACAAAUGCUCGCUGAUUUACACGCUGGCGACGUGUGGUACGGACCAUUUGAUCAAGAUUUGGAGAGUAUUCUUUAUGCCAAACAACAUCGACCGUAGUCGCAAAUCACGACUCAUACCCACCAGCCCUCAGGAGCAUUUUGCGGGACAAUCUACUAUUUAUAGCACCGAAGUGAUGAAUGCCAGCUGUGUGCAAACUAUUCAAGCUCAUGGCAGUUCCGUCACAUGCGUACGAUUCAACCCAACCGGAACGUUGCUUUUCUCGAGCAGCCUGGACAAGACAAUCAAAAUCUGGAAUCAGCAGGGUACGUGCCUGAAAACCCUAGCGGAGCAUUCGCGGUACGUCAACUGCUUGGCGAUCAACAGUGACUCAUCGGUGAUCGCAUCCGGAUCGAACGAUCGUACCGUAGUUGUUUGGGAUCUGAUAGGGAAGCUGAGCUUGGACUCACACAUUACCGGCAUUCGAUCGUUGCUGUUUGCGCUGGCCGUGAAUACUGCCGACAUUCCGCUAGAGUUCACGUGCCCAAUCACGCAUGAGCUAAUGAAAGAUCCUGUUUUCGCUGAAGACGGCUUCACCUAUGAACGUGCCGCAAUCAGCGAAUGGUUCGCACGGGAAAAAGCAAUUUCGCCGAUGACCAAUUUGGAGCUAUCCACGGAUGAGGUGGUGGAAAAUGGGAAGCUCAAGCAACAGAUCGAUGACUACAUUCGUACGCUUGAUACAGCCAAGACGGAUACAGUCAAUUAGAGUUGGGAAAAAAACAUUUAUUCGGCUUUUAAAUAACAUGUAUUUUAUGAUCAGCUUAGUCUGAUUUCAGUGAUAAAUAAUUACUUCGAU